AUGUUUCAGAAUGCUCGAAAUACGAACUCUGUCGGGACUGAUGUUCUAGAGGACAUCCGUAAUGUCCUGUCUAACAACGAGUUCUCGUCAAAUACAAGGCUUGCUGCUGCCAAGCUAUUACUUCAUGCAGAACAUAUCCUUGGUAAAGAAGCUUUCACUCAUCACAUCAGCGUCGAUUGGAUCGUGCUCACAGCAAUACUUGAAGCAGGCCGUGAAGAAUUUAGUGUCAAAGUUAUCAGAACUUGGAUAACGCUAUUUGAAAGGCGCAGGGUCAGUGAUUCCGAUGACGAAGCAGUGUUUCUCGCAGGCUUGGCAAAAUAUCUGUCCAAAAAAGGUGAAGAUUUGGUCUCAUCACUCGCAGUAGAAGAAGCGAAAAAGCUGAGAAGAUAUCUGCUGCUGACUUUCGUCAUUUUAUCGGAGCUAGAACGAGGCGCAAAGCUUUUUGAGAACGCCAUUCAUUUCGUUGCAAAGACAGUGACGAAAGAAGAGAAGGUAGUCUCAGAUCAAAAUCGCAUACUUACUAUCACUACAUUCACUGUAUAG